CGACGAGUGCAGCGCACGGCUACGUUAAAUGACUUUCCCCUUUACCAUUAACGGCAAUGCAUACUCAGACACCCUGAGCUUAAGUUAGUGUACAUCAAGGGGAAUACACUGCCAUGGAGCAAAAUCACAAACAAGAGGAACAGAGCGAACUGUACGCCGGCUUCAGCACGGCUUUUAAAUCGUUCGCUACAGAGGCGAUCCACGUCGGUCAAGAGCCGGAGCAAUGGAAGUCCAUGGCUGUGGUGCCACCGAUAUCUCUGUCUACCACGUUCAAGCAGAAUGGACCAGGAAACCAUGCUGGGUUUGAGUAUAGCCGGAGUGGAAACCCUACAAGAAACUGUCUGGAGAAGGCUGUGGCUGCUUUGGAUGGAGCAAAGUAUUGUCUUGCUGUUGCCUCAGGGCUGGCGGCCACAGUGACCAUCACGCACAUGCUCAAAGCCGGUGAUGGCAUCGUCUGCAUGGAUGAUGUGUAUGGAGGCACAAACCGCUACUUCCAAAAGAUCGCCAGGGAAUUUGGUCUGGAGGUGUCUUUUGCCGACUGUACAAAGCCGGAGAAGCUGAAGGCGGCUCUGAAAAACAACACCAAAAUGGUGUGGAUUGAGACACCCACCAACCCCACCAUGAAGGUUGUUGACAUCAGAGCCUGUUCUGAGCUGGUUCACAAACACAGCAAGGACAUAGUGGUGGUUGUGGACAACACCUUCAUGUCAGCUUACUUCCAGCGCCCCUUGGCUUUGGGAGCUGAUAUCUGCAUGUACUCAGCCACCAAAUAUAUGAACGGACACAGCGACGUUGUAAUGGGUCUGAUAUCUGUGAGUCGGGAGGAUCUUCAUGAAAGACUAAAGUUUCUGCAAAACGCACUUGGAGGUGUUCCCUCUCCCUUCGACUGCUACCUCUGUAACCGAGGCCUGAAGACGCUACACCUGCGGAUGGAGCGGCACUUCAAGAAUGCCAUGGCUGUGGCUAAGUUCCUGGAGGCUGAUCCCCGGGUGGAACGUGUUAUCUUCCCAGGUCUGCCGUCUCACCCUCAGUAUGACGUUAUGAGGAGACAGUGCACCGGAUGUCCAGGGAUGAUCACCUUCUACAUUAAGGGGGAACUGGAGCAUGCGUCUGCCUUCCUCAGUAAUCUCAAAAUGUUUGCAAUAGCCGAGAGUCUUGGGGGUUAUGAAAGUUUAGCAGAACAUCCGGCAAUAAUGACUCACGCGUCAGUUCCGGAAAAAGAAAGGGGCAUCCUAGGAAUCAGUGACACACUGAUCCGGCUCUCUGUGGGACUGGAGGAUGAGGCUGACAUCAUUGAAGAUGUGGAGCAAGCACUGGAUGCUGCUCAUCCAAAGAAGAAGUGAGCAGGCUGGCGUUGAAGCAGCCAGAGAGGAUGAUGCUCGGAGGUACACGAAGUCUUAAAAUCAGUGCAGAUCAACAUGUGGUACCUCAGCUAUGCGCACAAACAGCAGAGAUUCACCUAUCAGGGAACAGCUUAUAAAAACAAAAAUAAUUAUACUUCCAGUGAAUAAUUGACACAAUUGUAACAUCAGAAUCUGAUGCCAAUUGUACCAGAAUCUCUCUUUAAAUCCUAUUUAUCUGAUGCUGGUUUUGCAUUGUUUUUAUGUUUGUGAGUUUUAUGUUUUAAUUCAGUUCUGUUUGGAAGGCUUUAAUGUGGCAUUCACCAAUCAAGAUUCUGCAGGAAAAUCACCAAACACUGUAUUUACUGUAUCUUUUCACUGUAUAAUCCUGUGCUCUUCAGGAUGCAUCCUAGUUUUCACGCUCAUAACGGUCUGCAAGUGAACCAUUUUAUGUCACCUCUAAUUAAUGAAGCUGUAAUCUGUUUGAAUUACCCUUUUUAUUAGCAGUGCCACAGUGUGCUCUUCAAAAGACAGAUGUGUUCUAAUUAAUCUGACUAAGCAGACUUAUACUGGCACAGCUAAUGCUCCAUGUACUGCCAUGAAUUCACACAUUCUCCAGCUGAAAUCCAUGAAAUAGCUCACAUAUUUCUAUGAGAAUACAUAAAACAUCUCUUGCAAAAGGAAGAGAAACUAGCAUAUUUAGCUAGACUAGAAACUUCAUAUUAUGCUUCAUUAGGCCUUACAAAGAGAAUAUCCUUCAAUUUUGAUUAUUUUCACGAUUUAUUCCCAAUGAAUGAUACGUGCACAUACUUAUUUGGAGCAACACUGCAGAGUAAUAACAAUGUUGAUUUUUUUUUUUACUGUAAUAACUUAAGAUGGUUAAAUGGAUGUUUAUCAGGAAACCGUUCAACAAAAAGUCUCACGUCUUUUUGCAAAAUCCAGUCAAAGCAUUUACUCCAAUGACAAAUCCAAAAACGGUUUCCAUGUCCGCACUCAAAUGUGUAUCUCUGAAAAAAUCGACCCAGCACUCCCUCCUUCAUCCUUCUCCUCUUAUUCCCCCAUCACAUCAAUGCUUAGUGCUCGCUUCAUUUGGGACAGACCACUCAAGAUCAAUGUGAUUAUGUAACCGACAAAUCCAUUAAAAUCAGUUUGCUGUACAAGUC